AGCGCAGACGCAUUGGUCCAUGCUCUCUUCACACCAAAGGAUGAAAUUAGGUUUCUGACAGAUUGAUAUCAUUCCAAGUUACCUCCUUGAUUCCAAGUGACGACCAUACAUGGGUGGCACGCGACUUAUCGGUGAUCGUAUGCCAAGGAUGUUGGUCAAUGUUCCUACAUUAUGUUGACACUUGCUCUGGAUGGAGUUUGACUACCUUUCUACCAAUACCAAGCUUGCAUUGAAGUGCUCUUUCACUACUGUUCCACAUUGACAAUGUAUGAUGAAUUAUCGGCUGGUGCGGUGUUCCAUCAAGGCAAUGCCUUUUAUAACCCACUCACCACGUUUGUUGAGAUGUGGUACCAGAUAUUUCUCUGGGCGUUAUUUUCAUCAAUUUUUGUCCACACAAUCGCGGCAGCUAUUUGCUUUGCCACUCUUCGUAAACACAAAUAUGGGAAGUUUUUUCCGAUCUUGAUAAUAAUAAUGGGUGUGCUCCUACCACUAACAUCUGGAAUUCUGAGUUCAGCUGCAGUUGCAUUCGUUUAUCGUGCGUCGAGCUAUCAGAUGCUGCCAUUAUACGCCAUGUUGUGGGGUAUUGGACAAACCAUAAUGGCUGCUUGUGUCGGAUUCACAAGGAUUUUGGCAACGUUAUAAGUGAGAGACAAUGUGAAUUAAUACUGUAAGAUUCUGCUAUUUUUAAACUUCAGUUCAGAAUCUCGUGCUUCAUUAAUUCAGUUGCAUCAAUUAUAGCAUUCAUUGGCCUACUAGACUCUCAUGACAAAAUAUGUAGAAAACUCGACAUCUUUCACAGUUGUGGUGCACUAGCCAUCUCAUGUGUGAACAUCUGUAGCAUAUUAUACCUAUUGAAAAAUAAGCAAAGUUCAACAGUAAAGGCUGUAAGAUCUUACCAACAACGUAUCAUUGGUUUGGCUAUAAAAUACAUACGUAUGUACAGAAGCAUCAAAAAGAUAAUGACUCCAGCUAUGAAGAAUAGUACUAUACAUAUGCUCAAAGACCAUAGAAUAGGGUCAUAGGCAAAUUUUAUUCACUAUUAAAAUUUUAAGUAUCACUAUCAUAUUUCAUCGAUCAAUUAUCUGGCAAAUUGAAAUUGAUAAUAAAAAUACUUUAUAAUUA